AUGCAGAUCUUCCCUCUUGCCACCCUGGCCGUAAGCCUCUUGGCGGCCACGGCGUCCGCGCAGAGCAAGGUUAAGGUGAUGCUGCUUGGCGACUCCAUCACCGAGAUCUCCUGCUGGCGGCCCAAGGUUUGGAGUCAGCUCUCCUCGGCCGGGCUCGGGAACAGCGUCGACCUUGUGGGCAGCAUGACGAGCCUCCAGGGCAAGUGCGGCAACCCGCCGGCCGGGUUCGACCGCAACCACGAGGGCCACUCGGGCUGGCAGGCCUACGACAUUGCGCGCAGCAACAUCGCCAGCUGGGUCAACACGUACAAGCCCGACGUCCUCCAGUUCAUGCUGGGCACCAACGACGUCAAUAUUGGCAAGCGCAACGUGCAGACCAUCCUCGACUCCUACACGACCAUUGUCAACGCGGCGCGGAGCGCGAACCCCAAGGUCAAGAUUGUCAUCGACAAGAUGAUUCCCACACGCUGGAGCGAUGCCACCAUCGAGUCGGUCAACAGCGCGAUCCCGAACUGGGCGUCGCAGCGCAGCACGUCAGCGUCGCCCAUUACCGUGGCUGACUGCUCACGCGCCGCAGGCUUCACCAACAACAUGCUGGAGAGCGACGGCGUGCACCCCAACGGCCAGGGAGACGACUUUAUCGCCAAGCAGAUCGGGCCCAAGCUGAUUCAGGCCAUCAAUGCUGCGCGCACUCUGUAA